GGUGUCCUCUCUCCGCAGCCCCUUUCACCAGCCGUCUGGUGUCUCAGGCGUCGGCAUCUUCAGUGUGGGCAGCUUGCGGCUUCACAGCCAGGUGCCCACUGCGCAUGCGCGAGUAGCGCUGCGCUUCCUGAAUGGUCCCGUAGUCUUCUUGGACCUGUCACGUGUCUCAGAAGACUACAGGGAGGGAGGACAACUUCCGCUUCUAAUCGCCUAGGCCAGGGUGGGAGCAAGUACCCGUCAAAUUCGGGUACCCGCUCCCCAAAGGUGCCAAUCCUUAAUGGGGAGCGGGGGACCAGUCUUUAAAGCGGAACUUCCCCUUUUGGGUGGAGCGCCACUUUAAAGUGUUUGUUUUUAGAACAAAAAUCUU